UAUAGCAUGUUGCUCGUAGUUGUACAUCCAAUCCUCGAACGUUUUUAGAGAAAUAUUCAGUAAAACGCAAUGUCAUUGGCUCGAUCCACUGCUAGAGUUUGGGAAGCCUAAGAUGGCGGAGGUUGUGGAACUGCAGAAAUUGAAGUUGGCCGAAUUGAAGCAAGAGUGCGCAGCGAGGGGACUGGAUGUGAAAGGGAACAAAGCGGAGCUCAUCUCAAGACUGCAGGCGUAUCUUGAGGAACAUGAGGAAGAUGUCAAUGAAGAAGAGGUGCUGGGAGAAGAGCCUGAGGAAUUACCCAAAGCAGAGGCACCUGUCAGAGAGAAACCGGUAAAGGCGCAAGCAGCUAAUCCAGAGGAGACCACUGAGAAGAAGGUGGUUAAAACCACCCCUCCAGUAUCACUUGGUGAGAGGUUGCAGAAGAGAGCAGAACGCUUCAAUGUAGCGCCCUCUGCUGACAGCAAGAAAGCCAUGCGUGCUGCCAGGUUUGGUUUGCCUGUUACUUCACCAGUCUCCUCCCAAGGUGCUUCUGUGACCAGCAAAGCAACUGUCAACGUUGACAUCUUGAAGAAGCGAGCCGAAAGGUUUGGGAUGAACGUUUCUUCCAUCUCCAAGAAGGUUGAAGAAGAUGAAAAGCUUAAAAAGAGGAAGGAGAGGUUUGGCAUUGUUACCAGCGCAGCUGCUGUUGGAGAUGACACAGAGGCAAAGAAGCGAAAGCGAGCUGAACGUUUUGGAAACGUAUGAAGAUAAAUGCUAGGUGCAGAUUACACUCUUUUUAUUGUCUUACUUUUUUUUUACACCAGUUUUGCUUUUCAUUUUAAAGCUAAAUGUUUGUUUUUUUAAAUGGCAACAUACUGGGAACUUGAU